AUGAGCUUUGAUGGUGCAUCGAAUGCAUUGGGGCAUAGGAUUGGAGCAGUCUUAGUGUCACCAGAAGGAGAUCAUUACCCGCUCACUGCCAGAUUGAACUUUUUCUGUACCAAUAAUAUUGCAGAGUAUGAAGCUUGCAUCAUGGGACUUCGUGCAGCUAUCGAGAGGAAAAUUGAAAUCUUAGAAGUACACGGGGACUUAGCAUUAGUCAUUUACCAAAUCCGUGGAGAUUGGGAAGUGAGGGAUUUGAAAUUAGUCAAAUAUCACGAUCUCGUUACGAAAUUGGUCAAAGAAUUCAAGGAAGUGACUUUUAACUACUUUCCACGAGAAGAGAACCAAUUGGCUGAUGCUCUGGCCACCUUUGCUUCAAUGUUCAAAGCAAACAGAGAAACUGAAAUAAUCAUUGAGGAGGAGUCAGAUGGACGACCAUGGUUCCAUGAUAUCCUAGAGUACAUCAAGAAUCAAAGGUACCCCGAGCAAGCAAACGAGAAUGACAAAAGAACAAUCAGAAGAAUGGCAAUUGGAUUUGUUCUUGACGGGGAUAUUCUAUACAAAAGGGGAAAAGAUCAAGUGCUCCUGAGGUGCGUGGGCGCUGUUGAAGCUAGAAAGAUACUUGAUGAGGUUCAUGAAGGAAUUUGUGGAAUGCAUGCUAGUGGUUUCACCAUGGCCAGACAGAUUAUGAGACUUGGUUAUUAUUGGCUGAUGAUGGAAAGAGAUUGCAUUGGCUACGCACGAAAGUGCCACAAAUGUCAAAUUUAUGGCGACAAAAUUAAUGCAGCUCCAUCACCCCUUCAUGUCAUGACUUCUCCGUGGCAUUUUUCUAUGUGGGGGAUGGAUGUUAUAAGGCCAAUUUCCCCGAAAGCUUCCAAUGGGCAUCGAUUCAUCUUUGUGAUAAAGCAUCAUAAUUCUUUACCUUAUCGCCCGAAGAUGAAAGGAGCGGUAGAAGCGGCUAAUAAGAAUAUAAAGAGGAUUAUCGGGAAGAUGACUGAGACAUAUAAGGACUGGCACGAGAAGCUACCAUUUGCUUUGUACGCGUACCGCACCUCUGUGAGAACAUCUACAGGGGCAACUCCUUUUUUCUCUAGCCUACGGAAUGGAAGCUAUUCUGCCCAUCGAAAUGGAGAUCCAAUCCCUACGUGUCUUGAUGGAAUCAAAAUGUAUCAGAAAAGAAUGAUCACGGCCCAUGAUAAAAGGGUGCGGCCAAGAGAAUUCCUCGAAGGGGAACUGGUACUAAGAAAGAUCCUCCCAAUACAAAAAGACUUUCGAGGAAAAUGGUCGCCAAAUUGGAAAGGGCCAUACGUUGUAAAAAAGGCAUUCUCAGGAGGGGCUCUGAUUCUCACUGAGAUGGAUGGAAAAGAAUUGCCUAAUCCAGUGAACUCAGAUGCUGUGAAAAAAUAUUAUGCUUAA